AUGAAAAAAAGAAAAGAAACAAAGGGUAGGUCCGUGGAACCUAUUAUUUGCAUCGAUCUGUUUGAUGAUCAACAGAAGAAGAAGAAGAAGAUGGCGGUAGCAGGUCUGUGCGACGAUUUGAUUGUUGAAAUCUUCACAAGGCUACCACCAAAAUCCCUCGUUCGAUUUAAAUCGCUCAAUAAAUGGUGGUGUCGUCGUAUAUGUAGCCCCGAUUUCAUCCGCAGGCACACACUAGUCUGUUCCCCACAAAAAUCAUUCCUUUUUAUGCACGAGCUUUUUCAACCUGGAGAGUCUAAAACCUUGUAUACAAUACAUUCGGAAGAUGGAUUGCCAUUAAUAGUGAAAAAGACUGAUGGGAUACCCAUUAGAAUAUCAUUCAAGUUUCCUUACCCAGAAUCUGCUCAAAUUAUUGCUUCAUGUAAUGGUAUUCUUUGUAUUAGUGAACGAGGAAACAAUACUCCUAUUAUCACUCAAAACAAUACUACUCCUCUUAUUAGUCUAUGGAACCCUUCAAUUAGACACAAACUAACCUUACCCCCCCUACCCUCUACUCAAUCCUGGUUUGUUUGCAACGGUGUCGCUGCCGGCUUUGGUUUUGGUUUUGACCCGAAAUCUGAUGAUUACAAGAUUAUAUGGAUUGAUACCUUUGGCUCUGGAAAACGUCCCAAGUCUGCGUUUGUGUAUGCCCUCAAGACAGGCGCCUGGUGUGAGAUUGCUUACCCUGCCAGCCCCUUUACACGAUUUUGGUCGCGUGGGUGUUUUCUCAACGGAGCAUUGCAUUGGUUGGUGGAUUUUCAUAUACCCACAACAAAGGUCAAAAAACGUUAUGUAAUGACAUUGGAUUUAAGCACUCAUGUUUUUGGCACAAUUGCAUUACCUGAGCCCAAUUGUGCAGCCAGACUACUAACAACCAUCAAAGGUUCUCUAGCUGUGAUUUCCGGGGAGCCUAAAAAGCGCUGGAUUUGUUGGGUGAGAGGAAAGAACCAUACCGAUAACACUAAUGCUUUCUGGUAUGUGGUUUAUAAAACGAAAACAGAUCCAUUUAGCGAUAUUGCUAAAGUAUUUGAGCUGACCACCAAUGAUGGUAAUUUCUUGCUGGGCACUCACUAUGCAUGCCAUCAAGUUUACAACUUUGAGACAGGAGUCUCAUCAGGUCUCCAAAGAUUAAGUGCUCGUUGCGCCACAGUUGACAUUGAACAGUGUGUUGAAACUCUCGAGCUGUUAGACCGAGGGACAGCUUAUGUCGAAAAUCAACCAUCGCAGUGGAGAAAAAGAGAAAUACAAAUAUAA